ACUAACUUGCAUAAAGCUGUCCUUGUCCUUCUCUUCACCUUGCUUCUGGUUCCUCUCCUUCAAUAUUCUUUCUCUGCCCCUGUAACUUUUUUUUUUUUUGGUUCUUUCUUGGUGCUUGGGCACUAGCUCUGCUUAUUCUAUCCCUUGCACUGUGCUGUCAGAAGUUUUGACCAAAGAACAUGCUAGUACGUGGCAUUUCUCUUGCUGUUGGCGUUGAGCAAUGAAGUCAGAGUUAAUGGUGAUGGCAGUGGUAGACAAUGUGAGAUUAAUCCAGCACUAAAGCCAAGACCACACACUGUCUCCAUCUUGGAGUUUGGUGCGGUUGGGGAUGGUAAAACAUUGAACACUAUGGCAUUCCAGAAUGCCAUUUUCUAUCUCAAGUCGUUUGCUGACAAGGGUGGUGCUCAGUUAUAUGUGCCACCGGGAACAUGGUUGACUCAAAGUUUCAAUCUUACUAGCCAUCUCACACUUUUCUUGGAAAAAGGUGCUGUAAUUCUUGGAUCUCAGGAUCCAUUUCACUGGGAAGUUGUUGAUCCAUUACCUUCUUAUGGCCGAGGAGUUGAAGUUCCUGGGGGAAGAUAUCAGAGUUUGAUUAACGGAAACAUGUUACAUGAUGUGGUGAUAACAGGUAAUAAUGGAAACAUUGAUGGCAUGGGAUUUGCUUGGUGGGAAUUGUUUAGCUCUCAUUCCCUGAACUACAGCCGUCCACAUCUGAUUGAAUUAGUGGCAUCUGAUCACGUGGUAGUUUCAAAUCUUACAUUCUUGAACGCUCCUGCAUAUAGCAUUCACCCAGUUUAUUGCAGCAAUGUACAUAUUCACAAUGUUUCAAUUUCUGCUCCUCCAGAAUCCCCUAAUACCGUUGGCAUAGUACCAGAUUCUUCUGACCAUGUUUGUAUAGAGGAUUGUGUCAUUGCAACGGGGUAUGAUGCAAUUUCCCUCAAAAGUGGGUGGGACGAAUAUGGCAUUGCCUAUGGCAGGCCAACCGAGAAUGUACACAUCAGAAGGGUACAUCUUCAGGCUUCUUCUGGCUCUACAAUUGCAUUUGGCAGUGACAUGUCUGGUGGCAUUUCAAAUAUUCUUGUGGAGAAUGUUCAUCUUUACAAUUCAAAGAGUGGCAUUGAAUUCAGAACCAUGAGGGGCAGAGGUGGUUAUAUGAAGGAAAUAAUCAUAUCAGACAUAGAAAUGGAGAAUAUAUACACUGCAAUAGCUGCCACAGGUUAUUGUGGGUCUCAUCCUGAUGACAAAUUUGAUCCUAAUGCUCUCCCACUUUUGGACCACAUUAUUUUGCAAGAUAUGAUUGGCACAAACAUCACUAUUGCUGGAAGCUUUGCUGGACUACAGGAAUCUCCCUUCACUAACAUAUGCCUUUCCAACAUAACUUUGUCUACAAAUUCAGUUUCUUCCAUUCCUUGGGAAUGCUCAAAUGUCUCCGGAUUUUCAGAUUAUGUUCUUCCCAAACCAUGUCCUGACCUUGAAACUCUUUCGAAUUGUCUCUCCCUGCUGAUUAUCAAGGGAAAAACUGCAGUCAUGUGAUAAUAAUCCUCUAUCAACAAAAGGUUCAUAUUCUUCGAUUCCCUGCUUGAAAGGCCAUGAAAAGUGACUGGCCAUUGCUACCUCAGAUUAAAACCCACAUUCUUUCCAAUAAGACUGUUAUUCGGAUUAUUCAUUUUUCCAUCCUUAGAUUUGCAUUCUUGCAUGCUGCAAGCACCAAGCAACACAUAAUUUGUACAGCUUCAUUUCUUCAUUCAUGUGUAAUGAAAUUUUGGCAGUGCCCACAAGAGGACUGAAUUUGAAAUACAUGUUUUUGCAUUAGUCCAUUGUAAUUUCAUUGUAAAGCAUGUGAUAGAUUUCCGUGAGUCUCAAUCAAAGAAAUUUGAACU